UCGAAGUUUAUCAAUGGAGAUCGUAAAGUGAUUAAUAAGGAUUCCGUGCAACGAUUGGGGUGGUUUCCAAGGAUCAAGAGAUGUCGAGGACGAUUAGCAACGCGGAACUAAAAGGAAGGGAAGAAAGAGAGAUCGACGGAAUGCCUUUUCCUAUUCCUCGGAGAAUGCCACCGCGUAAAUGGAGUAGAUGGAGUAAAUGGAGCUUCACGCGGUGAAGCCGAGACUCGACGGAAGGAGAACCGACCUACAUAAUGAAGCCGUGCCCCAUUCUGGUAUCAGCCGCGGCAGCGUUGCUGGCAGGGUCCUCGAGCUCCCAGCAACUUCCGGUCCAGCGACAAGAACUCUCGACGGAGUUCUUCGUGGUACCGGAAGUGCAAGGAAGACCCGGUCUCUCCGGGGUGGCCAGCGUGGCCAGCGUGGUCAGCGUCCCCGCCCCCAACAGGACCAUCUCCAUCUUCCGAGGAGGUCAUCAUCCACCCAUGAGGCCCGGAUUUCCUGUCGAGGACACCAGGGGCUUAGGGCCUACGAUUGUCCCUCAUCAACCCCUGCUGAGACAACAGCCCUGGGCUCUUCCUCUCGCCGCUCUCAGCGCCGCCACCAUGCUCCUCAUGGCCGGCUUCGAGGUCUUCGUCUUGCUCAAGGCAAGGGCGGCGGCUCCCAGCAGAAGACACCUGUUUCUUGGUCAGGCACUGCUCUUAGGACUUUUCUUGCUAGCAGGACUCUCAGCAGCGCCUUCUUUGACUCCUAACCCUUUUUCGUGUGCCGCUUUGAGGAUGGUGGGCUUGCCGGCAGCCUUGGUGUUUGCUGCCCUCCUUGUAAAGUGCGUCUUCCUGUUGUCUCUGAACAGUGGAGUGUACCUACCGGCUCCUUAUCAGGCGCUGGUUCUGGUUUUUGCGGUGCUGGUUCAAGUCACCAUAGUCGGGCAAUGGUUCUACGGCGAUCCCCCUGCGGUGGUUCAGGUGCAAAACCAGGAAAGUAAUUUACAUAUGCCAGGCUGCAGGACUCCUCUUGGCCAAACGGUAGCCUCUCUUGGGUAUGCAGGUACCCUGCUUAUCGCCGUUGCGUGCCUCGCGGUAAGGGCCAGAGGGGUGCGCGACAACUACCGGGAGUCGACGUUCAUCGGCCUAGCGGUGGGCAUCUCCUUGCCGGUCUGGGUGUCCUGUGGGAUCGGUUCCCUGACGGCCUCCGAGGGGACCCGCGAGGCCUGGCUGGCCUACGGCCUCCUGGGAACCUCCCUUCUCGUGUUCCUGACAAUGUUCCUGCCGAAGGGUCGGCAACUCGCCGCCCUGGGCCGCGACGGAUCCGCCGCGGUGGCCGCAGCGGUCAUCCGGGACAGGGAAGAGAGGCUCAGCUCCAUUCCCGCAAGUGGAUACUCGCCAUCUUUCUUCCACUUCAAGCCGGCCCCGGCGUCCCUGAAGAGGAAGAUGCACUACCAGAGCGCCGAUCGAGUGGCGUUGGUCUCCUCUGGAAUCCCAGGGUGCAGUGCUUGCCGGCACGGAGGGAGUCCCGUUUACUCGGAAGACACACACGCACCGAUGGAGACCUUCGUCUUGCCACCAGGCAUGUACUUGAGGCCAGAAGAUUCUGGAAAUCUGUACACAACGUUGUCCGCCAAUCCGAAUGUCUUCUUUCAAAGGGCCCACCCUGGAAUGAUUUAUUAAAUAUAUAAGACUUUUAGCCGUGAUACGUUCACAGCGAGUGAUAUGACAGUGCGUUUGAAUUUCUUUGAAAUUCUACAGGACUCUAUACUAUGACAAAUGUUACUGUUAUACAUAUAUUAGUGCAUUAAGCGACGUGUUUGUAAGUGCAAUGUCUACUGCCUGAUACGAAUGCGGUUUUCGUUUUCUGGGUACUCGAUAGAAGAAAAAGUCUCCUACGAAAGUUGUUCGAAAUGAUGCAUAGAAAAAAAAUUGUCUGCACAUUUUUUUCAUAUCGUGUACCGUUAAAGCCGAAAAUUACGUUCAUAGGAGAGAUCGACGGUUCGAACGGUGUUUGAGAUAGAUAUAUAUAUAAUUUUCCGUCGAUUUUCCCAAGAAAGCGACACAUGGAGAAAUUUUCUAUGCGAUAAUUGUUUCAUAUUAUAUCCCGAACGAGUUUCGUGAGAAACGCUUUUUUACACCGCAUACCGUUAUCACGAAACUUGUUGGCAUAGCUAGAAAGUGUAGCAGUCGUGGAUCUUUUCGAGCGUAUCAGUCUACAGGAAUUUCUCCGGCAAUGUGUCCUUCAAUUAGUAUAUUCUUUAGCAAUGCGUAUUUUAUUACCUUCCUCUUUCGACUAUGUACGUGCUACAUUUUCACCCGACAUGGCAGUGUAGAUACAGCUCGUGUAAAUAGCAGUCUUCUACUUUUGCCCCCCAGCGGUUGCGCCGGUUGUAAAAUGUAGAGAUGCAUGUCGCGCGAAAUCGUGUAAUGUGUAAUGAUUGCAUGAGUACCCGGGGCUUGGUUUACCUCGGACAUGUACUCCUGACAUCGAGCCUAGUGCGUGCAAGCACGAGUACAAUUUAAAUUGCGUGUACUGCAGGCACAAAGCUGUAAGACGAGUCACGAAACUCUGCCGCGCCUAUUACUAUCAGCCGAGGACAGUUUCGAAGGUACUUAGAGUGCGUUUAGUUAAUAAUAAACGUGUCACUAGAGAUUUAUAGAUUAUAGAGAUCCAAAUGAGAAGAAACGUCACUCGCUGUCUGUAUUAGUUUAUUAUGUAUUUUAUGAAAGAGCCACUAGGGUCAGUUGAGUCUUUUAUUAUUGGAUUUAUUACUUUGCCGAGAUCCAUAUAUUUUACUGGACUUGAAAAUAAUGCCUGUGUUCAGUUUGCACCCUCGUUUGAUUCUCGUACAAACGAAUGCGAUUUUAUGAAACCUGUCUCCGGCCUGUAUGAUGUCGGUCAAGCCAGGUGUCUAAUCUCCGGCCUACAUAAAGACGGUCACGCCUAAAGGCACCGACGCAGCCGCGAUUCCACAGCCAUCUUGAUGUGACGUCACGUGGCCAUCAUUCUUAACCUAUAAACCGUGCCAAACAGUGGUAAACAUCUGCAUGUAAACAACUGCGCAGCGCUCAAUUAUUUAAUAUGACUUGCGAGGAGGAUUACUGCGGGCAUUACGGGAUCAUCCAACGAAUGUGAACGAAUAUAUGUGAUUAUCGGCAAAAUACGUGAAGUGGAUUACAUGCUCUCUCGUGUUUAAUCGG